UCGAGCCAAAGAACAUCCGGACGAAGGGAAUUAAAUGAGGCAUCUUCACUAUAACAAUAAAAUGAGAGCGACGCAUCGUCCUCUCGCGGCCUCCGUCUUGCUCAUCUUCCUCGCUGCCUCGCUUCCCUUCCACUCCUCAGGGGGACCGACGUGUGAGCCCGGCUGGUUCCCGUGCCAGUCUGAGGACGUGUGUGUGGAACGGCGCUUCAUCUGUGACGACCACUACGACUGCAGCGACCACAGCGACGAGUGGAACUGCACUGAUCACCACGUCGACAACUUCGUGGACAUGCUCUUCCGGAAACGGCCCGACGAGGACUCCGAGAAGCGACGAGGACGAUGUGAGCUGGAGGACCCCCCGAGGGAGUGUCGCUGUGCUGACCUGAGCCUCUUCUGCGAGUCCCGCCGCCUGAAGACCGUGCCCUCGCCCCUGCCCCCCAAGGCUCGUUACCUGGACAUCUCUGGGAACUUCAUUACAUCCCUCACCUCGUCCAGCUUCUCCAGCCUGGCACACCUACGCGUCCUGGUGGUUAUCAGGGCAGGCGUAAGGGAGCUGAGACGAGGCGUGUUCUCCUCCAUGUCCCAAAUUGACGAGAUCCACCUGACGGGACACGACAUCCACACCUUGCAGAACGGCACGCUAGAGGGCACUGACACGCUCACCCACCUGCAACUCAGCAGCAACAACAUCAGUGACGUUCCUGACGGGUUCUUCGUCCACAACAGGAACCUCAAACGGCUCGAGCUCAACGACAACAGCCUCACCUCUCUUCGCCCUGCCAUGUUCGUGGGCCUUACGUCACUCAGGAACCUGUACGUCGAGAGGAACAGAAUGAGGCACCUUGAAGCUCAGGUGUUCGAGGAGGUCCCCAAUCUGCAGUUCCUUUACCUGGGCUCCAAUCAGCUGAGGACCAUCGAUCAGGGCACCUUCAGCCUCCUGCCACACCUCCACUUGCUGUCUCUGGAGCGGAACAUGCUCACCAGACUCACCAAUGGAACCUUUCACGGCCUGACGCGCCUCAAAACCCUGAUUCUUCAGGACAACGGACUGCAGGAGAUCGAGCAGGGAACAUUCAGCGAACUGUACUCGGUGGAAUCCAUGAACCUGCAGGGGAGUCAGCUACAGGACGGACCUCAAACCGCUGUAUUCGGGGACAUGGAGGACCUGGAAUACAUCUAUUUCGACGAGUUCCAGCUGUGUUCCCUGGCCCUCCACGUGCGGGUGUGCGAGCCCAAGGGGGACGGCAUCUCCUCCGUGGAACACCUGCUCGACAGCCUCGUUCUCAGAGUCAGUGUGUGGGCGAUGGGGAUCCUGGCCUGCGUGGGGAACCUUGUCGUUCUGAUUGGCCGAUUCGUGGUGAAGGAGCCCAAUCAGGUUCACUCCUUCUACAUCAAGAACCUCUCGCUCUCGGACUUCCUGAUGGGCAUUUACCUCUUCGUCAUCGCCUCCUACGACGCGUCCUUCAGGGGCACGUAUAUUCGACACGAGUACACCUGGAGACGGUCAUGGCAGUGCAACCUGUGUGGGUUCCUCAGCACUCUCAGCUCGGAGGCGUCGGUGUUCACGCUCACCACCAUCACCCUCGACCGCUACUUCUCCAUCGUGCACCCGCUCACGCUGAAGGAGAGGACGCUGCGGGCCGCCGUGGUGGUGAUGGGCUGCACCUGGAUGCUGGCGGCGGGCAUUGCUCUCCUCCCGAUCAGCGGACUCACCUACUACGGGGAUAACUUCUACGGGAGCAACGGGAUGUGUCUGCCCCUCCACAUACACGACCCCUACGCCAAGGCGUGGGAACACUCGGCCAUCAUCUUCAUCGGCUUCAACUUGGUGGCCUUCAUGUUCAUCGCCUACGCCUACGGGAGGAUGAUUAUCUCCAUCAGGGAAUCCCAGAGCUCCUUGCGGUCCACCCAGGAGAAGCAGGACCGCGUGUUGGUGAAGCGCUUUGCCUUCAUCGUGGGCACCGACUUCCUCUGUUGGAUGCCAGUCAUCAUAAUCAAGUUCAUCGCCCUGGGAGGUGUUGUGAUCGACAAGACACUGUACGCCUGGCUCGCUGUCUUUGUACUGCCCGUCAACUCGGCCCUCAACCCCAUCCUGUACACCCUGGCCACCAAGAUCUUCAAGCAGCAGGUGGUCAAGAUGGUAUUCAACAUGAGCCGGUGGCCCACGGCUCCCCCUCGCCCAGGAGACUCCAACCCCUCCAAUUCCUACGUCACGCUGUACCGAGGUCGCUUCCACGCCGGUCAGGUAUCAACACGCACAAGCUCCAGUGGCUCCCAGCGUCCUCGACCCCCCAGCCUGGAGUCCAGAGGGUUCUAUAGGGGGAGAGAACCCCCCACGCCCCCCUGCACCUGCCCACCCUCCUGUGAAAUAUAAUACGUAUUCACCCCAUCCAUAUAUAUAAACGUCCUGCAUCACCUGCCUCAUUCCAUCUCCUGAACAUCUUUCGGACUCGUCCAGAUGUACGGAGCUUGCUUUAGGUCCCUUUCAUUCAUCUUUCCUGUGAACCGGUGACUCGCUGGAUCGAUUCGCUGUGUCUCUGUGUUCCAUUUUACUGAUCCCUGUGCGGCGCGCGGCUGUGUGGCGGUGCUGUGAAUACGUGCUGCGAUGGACGAGUUUACGAUGAUUCAGUUUUACCCUUGUCCUUGUAGUGCGUCACCACCUAUCCAUGGAGGACUCAGUCAGCACCACAGCGUGACACGGAACAUUGUAUACAGUGCGCACCUCCCCUCACCUCAAACACUAAAUCUUGAAGUGAAAGACGGCAAGUAAUUAUCUUACAUGCAGCCUACAUAAUACGACCGAACAUUUAAAGUGAAAUUAAGAAAAGUACAACGCAGAAAACAUGGAAUAAUCAGCUCACAUAUGUAUAAUGUGAUUGAACUUUUAGAGUGAAAUUAUGAAAAGUACAACAUAUGAACAGCCGAUGUGACCACCACGUAAACUGUCGGAGCGUCUUAAGGUUUUCACAUUUGCUAUUUCUUUCCGUGUUACAAUAUGUCUAAAUCGAAAGGCUGCGUGAUUGUAACAAGACUCUCCUCAAUUAUCAUUUACUGUUCCGGUACUUACAACGUACAUUUUCACUGUCUUCUGUAAUAGUAGGUACCGUGUUAUCUGUCGUAAUGUCACAGUGUACAGGUGAGGGGGGGGGGCACGCUGUGACGUGACUCGCCAACCUGCUCCAUGCUCACCUCAGUUUCCCUUGCCUGUGAGUCACUGUUAGGUGACUGACCCUUCCAUUAUUUUAUCUGGGACAUUGGCAUUUCCAGAGUUACAUACAAAAAGUGUCAAGCGAGGUACUCGUUUCCGUUAUUCCCGACGCCUGGCGGGGUGACCUGACAGCCGCGUUACUAAGCUGUCACCUCUUCCUGCCUAGGCCAGAAUUCCUACCAUACGAGACUGAUUCACGGGGUUCUCAUGCAGGGUUUUCGUCCUCUGCAUCACUGUAUUACUAUGUACUAUGUACUGGUAUGUUUUUCCUCUUUCAACAUCAUAUGUUGUGAUGAAUCAUGUUUAUUAAUUUUCCAAGA